AAAAUUCUCAUGCUCGUAACAGCAAAAUGAAUAAUCCAGAAGAAAGCGCUGUAACAGAUCUCCGAAAGUUCACCAAUUUGGUUCUAAAUGGACUUGUUGACGAAGAAGCAACAGCUGCAGCUCUUAUUCGGUAUCAAUUCCAGCAGCGCACGAUCAAAGAUGUUGUUCGGCGCGGUUCCGAGGAUCCCGAAUUGAAAGCACAGAUAUGUGAUUUGCUCAAUCACCUCGUUAUCUACCUGAAUGAGGAGAUUGUGGAAACUUCUUCCAAAGCGUGUCCGGAUGGAAUGGACGAUCGACAUUUCGUGCAACUCGAAAAACGGAUGCACUUGAUGUUCGAGGUAUACUUGGCAAUGAAUGUCGUUCCCGAUUAUCUGAUUCCUGAUCUCACAAAACACGUUGAUGCAAGCCGUGAAGCUGUUAAGUAUUCAUAUAGCCUCUGCAAAGACUAUUACCGCUGGAAAGAACUGCCAUUAACUCUCAAAGAAUUUUUUCUUGAUGAGAAAGAGGAGGUGAAGGCUGUUGUCGAUGAACCAGAACCGACAAUGUUUGCACGCGACGACGGGGUAGUAUCAUCAUUGGCUCAUGAGAAGGCACAAUCAGACGAGGAUGGGAAGAAGAAACAGUUCGUGGCAAAGACCGAGAAGGUUCUCAACAAUUAUCGCGCCAAGAAUCCUGACUACAGAACGAUGCGCGAGUUGAUUAAUGCGAAAACAAAGUUCCGUCUCGAGGGAAUAUACUGCGACAGUUUAAUCGAUGAUUUCAUAUCAGUUUGGGAUAUGGCUAUUGACAUUGAACCAGUGAAGACAGAAGACAAGUUUGCAUUCACUAGUCUCCUUAAGAAAGUCUUUCUCAUGAUGGUCGAUAAAAGGAGAAAUGAUUUUGCUAGCAAGAUUUUAGAUAAAUACAAUAAUGAUGCUUCGGGUGUACUGCCUUGUCUCGAUAACUUUGUAGAAAACUUUCAAACUGGACUUACGGCCGCCAUAAAUAACCUUCCGCUUGAUGCUAACGUAUUGAGCAACAAUAUGGAAUUGUUCGAAAAAGCAAAAGAUCCAAUAAUAUGGUAUCUGCUCAUUUCACCAGCCUACACAGUUCAACAGAUCCUGCUGAUUUGCGUUGAUAACAAAGGUUACGUUCCUCUCGUAUCUCGGAUUUUUCGUGCCAUACCAACAUUGUUUGAACGAUCUGUCAACCUCACACCGAUGCAUUUCGAAGGCUUUAAAACUCAAAAACUUUUGAUUACCAUUCUUCAUAGAGUUUUCAUUAUUGGACGAACUACAUGGACUUCUGCUUCUCAGUGGGAAAAUGCUGCAAUGAUGACAAUGUCGUUCGCGAAGGAAAGAAAACGAAAAGAAGGACAACCGGAAAAAGUAGAGGAUAAAGCAUUGCUGGAUUCGUUUUCCUUGGUUAACUUUGCUCUCAAUGAGCUCUUCAAGGAUUAUCGAAAACCAUUGAAAGCAGUUGAGAUUUUUGUGAAAAUGCUGCAGCGUCUUCUUGCCAACAAUAACAACGCCAGAAUGCUCACAAAUUACCAAUUCUCUUCGUCUUUCUUUGAUGAUGGAAAUAACUAUCUUCCAACUUCGAUAAUAAUGCUGCUAAUGUUCGAUCUUCUUGUGGAAUACGAUGGACAAUCGAAUGAAGUUUGUGAUGGUGCCAGAGACAUUCUGAAAUCAGUUAGCGGUCGAUUGAACAACGACAACAUUAUUUUCGAUACUGAUACAUGCAGGCACUUGAUCGAUGAGAAAUUAAAUUAUGCUCCGUGGUGGAUCAAAUAUUCAAUUUGUUCAUGGUUUUCAUCGUCUCUCCAGAAUCCAAAAAAACAAGUCCCAUCGGGUGUCUACAAAACAAUUGCAGAACAACAUCUAGAUGAAUUCGAACAAAUUAAACCGGAAGAAGUUUCAACUGUUUCGGAUUGCUACUUCAGAUCACUCUUUGAACUGGGUCUUUUUGAUGUUGAUCUAGCCAUUGAACUUUUACAGUAUGGACAUGUUGCUAAAUUUGAGUCGUCAGUGGUUGAAAAAAUCGCUUUAGCUUUGGUGGACAGUUAUGGGAAGAAGAUGUCUAAAAGAAGUGGUGGAUUGGAUAUCGGAAAACUGAUUAUUUCAAUGCUCCAGAAGUUUGAUCCAAUUCGAGAACUUGCACCACUCAAAUCCUACAGCUCGUCCUACUUGGAAAGUGUCAAAAAGAUCGAACACAUACUUGUACUUUUCAUGGCUGCUAGAAUUGCAAAAGAGAAACAACUCAGCGCUGCAAGAGUCCGAACUGAUGACACAAUUCAGACCGCAUACGAUGAAGUAAUUUCUUUGAAUCAAGUUUCUGAUCAACUUAUGGACAUUUUCUGCGAGACUACUAAAGCUCACGUUGAUAAGGAGGUAAUGGAAGUUGAACAAAUGAGACGAGAAGUGGAAGUUCUUUUGUUCUCUACUCCAGGAACGACACCUAAUCAAUUUAAAGCAAUGGUUGAGAAGGAGAAUAGAGAACAAUCAUUGGCUCUGCAAUUAUCAAUGAUUUAUCUUAAUUGUUCAUAUUUCUGUCGACUCUACCAGCAAGUUCCCAUUAAGUUACAACAACUGAUGAAUUCAACUCUCGAGAAACAAUUCGAUUCGCAGAAGUUUUUAGCCAAGAAAGUUAUGGAUGACGUGCUGACAGAAAAAAGAAAGACCGAAGUUGUUUACGCAUUCGUGGAUACACCAGUCGAGCCGACUCCAAACGAAGAUAAUAUUCAACCCGUUAAACCUGCAGAAUUAUUCAGACCACCAGUUGUUGAGAAUGUCUCAGUUGAGAGUACAACGUACAAUUCAAAUGGAGGAGGUUACCGCCAAGGAAGAUAUCAAACCGGAUAUCAAGGAAAAAAUCGUAGAUCUAAUUUUGAACAGCCCACGUCUUCGCGUGGUUCUGGAAGAAGUGAUCGUACCUACGCUUAUAAAGGAAAUCGAUUUCAACCUGUCAAUGACUCCCACGUUUUUGCACCCAGAGAACGAGAGAAUGUGUACCAGAACAGCAGUCAUGAUCGUGAUAUUCCACGUAAUGAUUAUUCAGAAUAUGAUCAAGAAAAGUUGUACCUUGACGAUAAACAACCUCGUUUUCAUUCUGAAAAUAGAAAUUCCAAUGAUGUUAGAAGAUAUUCUGAAUCAAAAGACUCGAAAUAUGACAAUAAAAAUUGGAAUAAUCGUUCUUCUCGGUGGCCUUCUGAAUCUGAAUAUUCUCAAGAAGAUUCUGAAAAUAGGCAUCUCGAUCAAACUAUCCAAUCCGUUCGAAAGUUCUCAUAUCGAGAGAACCAACAAAAACAUAACAGACCUGGCACCUCUAGUGCUUCGCCGCCGAAAAACCAAGAAUGGAAACAACAUCAGCAACAGAAGAAAAGUUUCGGUGGUGGUUUUGGAGAAAACGGCAAUAAGUUCAAUGGAAACUCACGGAAACAACCCGAGAGAAAACCAAGAUACACUUCCUCGAACUUCUACGAACAAGAUGAAGAUUCACUUCAACUAUUGAAACCUGACAGAAAUGAGCUUGCUCAGGCAAUGGGCCUCAAUGACCCGCCAAACCCGCCCAAACCUCGUCGCAGUGAAUGGACUCGUCGUUGAGUUAACAUUCCCGUUGUCUUCUGUUUAUUGUUCUCAUACUUCCUAUCCAAAUUUGUUAUGUUGGUUUUACUCUAUUCGCCUCCCAUUGAAUUCGUAUUUUUUUCCAUUCCACAUUUAAUUUCUUUUACUUCUUUCAAAUUUUCACCGCCUUGAAAUAAAGGUUUGUUUU